UUCCAUUAAUAAAUCACCCUCCCUCAACUCCUCGCUCUGAUCUCUGUCAAAGCUCUUGGGGUGGUUUAAGCUUGCUUUCUUGUUCUUGAGCUUCUUGGACCCGAGCUUUGAAUUGGGUUCCGUGGAAAAUGUCGACCCAGAAUCGUCGUUCGUCGUUUUCUUCCUCGACAUCUUCGUCACUGGCGAAGCGGAAUGCGUCGUCUUCAUCAUCCGAGAAUAUGGGAAAGGCUACGUUGGCGAAGAAGCGAGCGCCACUCAGUAACCUGACUAAUGUCAAGAACGUGGCUAACGUCUCUUCCCGGAGCUCCAUCCCGUAUUCUGCUUUGGUGUCAUCUGCAAGUAAAAUUGCCAAGGCAAAGAAGGGACCUCCUGCAAACACCGGUAGCACAGGACUCCCCAGGACCAAUUUUCCUGCCUCCUUGAAUCUUAAAUCAACAGCAGUUGUUCCUUGUAGCAAGGUUACAUCUUUCUCUAGAAGCGAUGGAACUGUCCCCAACUCUGUUGCCAUUCCUGCACAGUUCAGCAUGGACGUUUCUCCAAGUAAAUCAGAUGGACUUUCAGUUUCUUUGGAUGAAUCAAUGUCUACUUGUGAUUCUUUCAAGAGUCCUGAAGUUGAAUACAUGGACAAUAGUGAUGUUCCAGCAGUUGAUUCCAUAGAAAGGAAGACAUUCGGCAACCUCUACAUUUCAGACCUCGAAGAAAAAAUUGGGAAUAUUUGCAAUAGAGAUAUCCUUGCAGCAAUGGAAACAGAUGAUAAAAUUGUUAAUAUUGAUAAAAAUUACACGGAUCCACAGCUGUGUGCAGCUUUUGCUUGUGAUAUUUACAAGCACUUGCGUGCGUCAGAGGCAAAGAAAAGGCCUUCCACAGACUUCAUGGAGAGAGUCCAAAAGGACAUCAAUGCCAGCAUGCGUGCAAUACUGAUUGAUUGGCUAGUGGAGGUGGCUGAAGAGUACAGACUUGUACCUGACACAUUAUAUUUGACUGUAAACUACAUAGAUCGGUAUCUUUCAGGGAAUGUGAUGAAUAGGCAACGGUUACAGUUACUUGGCGUCGCUUGCAUGAUGAUUGCCUCCAAAUAUGAGGAGAUUUGUGCACCCCAAGUGGAAGAGUUCUGUUACAUAACUGAUAACACCUAUUUCAAGGAAGAGGUUCUGCAAAUGGAAUCUGCUGUUUUGAAUUUCUUGAAGUUCGAAAUGACAGCCCCAACAACAAAAUGUUUCUUAAGGCGAUUUGUUCGUGCAGCACAAGGGAUAAAUGAGGUUCCAUCACUGCAGUUGGAGUGCUUAGCCAACUACAUUGCGGAAUUAUCUCUGUUGGAGUACAACAUGCUUUGUUAUGCUCCAUCACUUCUAGCUGCCUCGGCGAUUUUCAUGGCCAAAUAUAUACUUUUCCCUUCUCAGAAACCAUGGAAUUCCACCUUGCAGCAUUACACAAUUUACAAGCCUUCUGAUCUGUGCAAUUGUGUGAAAGAUCUCCACCGCCUGUGCUGUGAUAGCCAUACUUCUAGUUUACCUGCUAUCAAGGAGAAAUACAGUCAACAUAAGUACAAAUAUGUGGCGAAGAAGUAUUGCCCCCCAACGAUACCUGCAGAGUUUUUUCAGAAUUAGAGUGAAUACAGAGACAUGGGGAUUACUCUCCAAUACUCAGUUGGAUGUAGUCUUCUUCAGAUUAAUGAUUUUAGCCGCCAGUUGAUUCAAAGCAGCGGAAUUUCUUUUCCUUAGUUUUUUCACCCCCCCACCUGAUGUGUGUAAUAAUGUUUUCUUAAUUUCCUCGAUACAUCCUAGGGAGUUUCAAACAGAUCAUUCUACUGUUUCACUCAGAGCUCCUAAGCUUGUAUGUAUGAGAUUGCUU